UUGUUCAUGGUUCAUGGUGUUACUUGAUGUCACAGUUGGUUACGAUUCAUUACAGUUUGUGAUGUUUUUUUAACGAUGCUGUUAAUGGCAACAAUACGGUAACAAGUUAUUUUGUGUGCAACCCGUACAGCAGUUUUCCAUCGCUUUGUUGGUUUACCGUUCUUUCAAAUCUGCUCGAAAAGUAAACUAUUCAAUAAGAUGUGACAAGUGCGGACCGUACUGUGAGAUUACUUUCUGGUGGCCGAUUUCAAUAAGAAAAACAGAGUGUGACAUAGUUUAAGAGAGCGUCUUUAGAAAUAGUUUAUUUAGCAGUUAAAUAUAGAAGAUAAUCAUGUUUGGUCAAACUGGGAACACAUCCUUCGGGGCAUUUAAUGCAGUAACUCAAAGUGGUCCAUUUGGACAAUCUGCAUUUGGCAAACCUAUUGCUACUACAAGUUUUGUCAGCGGAGCGACACCAGUAUUUGGUAGCGGAAACACUUCCCUUUUCAGUUCUAAACCUACAGGUUCCACGACGGGUGGAUUAUUUGGUGGAACCACUACUACUCCAGCAUUUGGACAAGCAGCGACAACCCAGUCUUCUUUUGGAGGCUUUGGAAACACAAAUCCAAACACCAACUUAUUUAGUACCCAGCAAAAUGCAAAUACAAGUCUUUUUGGAUCCAGUAGUGGAACACAAGCAUUUAGUCAAACAAAUAAACCUGGAGGUUUCGGAUUUGGAACCGCAACGGGAUCAAAUUUGUUUGGGCAAACCCCACAACAGACACAGCAGACUAGUCCUUUUGCACAGUCGAGUACCUCUGGAAACACAAGUCUUUUUGGUACAACAGGAGGUUUUGGAAAUACCUCGGCCGCCUCAAAUAUGACCGGUACUGUUGUUAAAUUUAAUCCGGUUACUGGUACCGACACCAUGGUGAAAAAUGGAGUAACUCAAACUAUUUCUACAAGACAUCACUGCAUUACAUGUAUGAAAGAAUAUGAGACAAAAUCAUUGGAAGAGCUUCGUUUGGAAGACUAUGUGGCAGGACGCAAAGGAACUGGUCAAGGUUUUGCACCAAUGAACGGUGUAUUUGGAUCUGCAACUCAACCAGCAUCGACUGUCCUUUUCGGAAAGCCUAUGACUGGUUUUGGUGCACCAACAACUACCACUGGGUCAUUUGCUUUCAACACUACAGCUCCAAAUACUUUAUUUGGUGCAAAUAAUCAAGCCAAACCGUUCGGUGGUACUCCUACUUUAUUUGCAAGUACCAAUACUAGUCAACCGACCACCACAGGAUUUGGAGGUAUUAAUACUACCCAAAAUACUGGAUUUGGACCAUUUGGAACUACCCAGCCAAAUCAAACUAUUGGCUUAUUUAAUCAAAAUAAAACGGCUUUCCCUACACCAGCAACUGCAAGUAGUACUGGGUUCGGUGGUUUCGGACAAGGCAGUCUAUCCAAUACCACCAACACCAUCUUUAACGCAAAAGGGAACACUACCACUGGAUUUGGUAACAUGGGCACUUUUGGAUCCACAACCACGCCAACUUUUGGAUCGACUACUGGUUUUGGUGGAACUCAGAGUACCGGAAGUUCCUUAUUUAAUACAUCUUUCAAACCUGCUGGAACUACCACUGGUUUUUCCUUCGGUUCCACACCUAUAUCCUCCAGUGGUCUCGGAACGAAUACCGGAUUGAACUUGAACACUGGAAACACUUUAUUUGGUCAAACAAAAUCUGGAGGUUUAUUUGGAAGCGGUGGAACUAGUACAUUUAACAAUACUGGUGGUUUUGCACCAUCUAAUGGUUUUGGAACAAAUACAAGCACCGUUCCUGGUUUUGGAACAAGUUUACUCGGAGGAGGAACUGGAAUGAGCCAAACUCAGCAAAAUUCAGGAUCGGUCCCAGUACAUCAACAAAUCCUGGCUCUAGUCGCUGCUCCCUUUGGGGAUUCUCCUUUGUUAAGAAAUCUUCUACCAGCUUCUGGAAAAGCAGAAGAACUGUUGAAACCUUCCACGACAGCAUCCAAAUCUUCAAGCAGUCCCCAAUUCAAAGUCUCUACCAAUUCAAAACCUGCAAAGAUGAAAACUAUAGCGAUUAGUGUUGCACAAUAUUCCAAGAAGUCGAUAUUUGAAGGCCUUGAGGAGGAAGAUAUUUCCUUAGUGGAUGCGUUUCAACCACGGUCGAAUGCAAAACGAUUGGUUCUUCGUCCGAAAGCGAUAAAUGCUUCUGCGUCUUCACCAAGCGAGGGACAAGUUACUUUGUCGAAUGGCGACGAUAGAAUUGAUAAGACAGAUCCUCUUAACCAGAACGAGGACAAUGUUCCAGUUACAAACAAGGAAAACGAUCUGCAAGGAACCAAUCGCCAACUCGGUAACGACCGGAGAUCUUCAACUUCCUGGCUGAAAUCUACCCUUUCGAGGAAAGCAAAACAUCCAGAUGAGGAAUUGGAGGGAUGUCAAUCACCUUUCGGAGCAAACCUUCAUGAAGAGAUACUUGAAAAUACAGUCGCAGAAUUAAGGCCGCUCGAAGGCCAGAAGUCACACUUUCAACACUUAAAUGAUAGUGCAACAUCUACGACCUCAAAAUCCUCCAAUAAAGGUGACACCUUGAACACGUCCGAUUGCAAUGCCGAAUCUGUGGAAGAGGUCGAUAUUCUUCCAGGCCUGACAGAUACUGAUACUACUAAUUUAGCCAAUGUGACCCUUAAUCGUGUGGGUUAUUAUACAAUCCCACCUUUAGACAAAUUGGACUACUAUGUUCGCGGUGAAACUUGUAUUGUUCCAAAUUUGACGGUGGGUCGUAAAGACUAUGGAAAUGUAUUCUUCCCGGAUUCAUUUGACAUAUACGGAUUGAAUUUGGAUGAAAUAGUGCAUUUUCGUCACAAAGAAGUCAUCAUAUAUCCUGACGAUGAAAAGAAGCCACCUAUAGGUCAAGGAUUAAAUCGUCUAGCUCAAGUCACAUUAGACCGUGUUUGGCCACAUGACAAAACUCUUCAUCAACCAAUUACUGAUCCUCAUCGCCUCGCAGCAUUAAAGUAUGAAGAAAAACUGCGCAGAGUCUCUGCAAAGCACGAUACGCGAUUCCUGGAGUAUCGACCAGAAACUGGUUCUUGGGUUUUUAAGGUUCAACAUUUCUCUAAAUAUGGACUCACCGAUUCAGACGAUGAAGACAGCAAUUGCCCACCGGAUGUAAAAAAUAAAAACAUUAAUAAUGCUGGUGUUAUACCACAGAAAGCUGGCGAUGCCUUGAAGCCGUUACAGAAUUCAGUAGAAACGUUGAAUGCUCCACAACAGGUGCUUUAUGGCUUGAAUAAAUCCUUAAGUGGAACGUAUCAAAAUGAACAGUCGUUUGAUUUCCCCCAAACUAGAGGACAAACUGCACUGAGUCCUACUGCGAUCUGUGCCUCUAUUGUUGGCACAAAUAGUCAUUCGUUGCAAUUAAUGAAAGCUUCUUUUUUUGGGACAGACGACGAUGAUUUCAAUGGAGUUCAAGAUCAUUUGCAAGCAACCUAUAACAAGCGAUACCUAAAACCGAUGGAGUUAUUUAACCAAGACCGAAUGAUUAUGGAUCACACGAGCAGUAUCCCUCUGCUGCGUUCCAACUUGACAAUUCAUCACGACAGCAUGUCUGCAUAUAACUCUUCGGUCCCUAUAGAAAAAGACGAAAAAGUCGCACAAUUAAUGGAUGUCUCAUUCUACGAUCCUCAUGCCAAAAGCAAAUUUUCAGUUCCCGUAACUACACCGGCGACCGUUGUCCUCAAGUCUAGAUCCGAUGUAGUUUUGCUUCAAGACUCUAUUAUGAAUAAAUUACAAUUUCGCAGUGCGGCUGAAAUCGGGAUUCAAAGAGGCGGGUCUUUUAAAGCAAGCUGGGGCCCUGGACUGACACUCGUUUGUUUGAGCACAGAAGGACAAGCCGCUACAGUACCAUUACUUUCACCAUUUAGUCAACUAGACUCGUACAUCUCUGGACGAACAGUUGACGAUAAAACGCCAACAAAUAUAAUUCAGCGUUUACAAUUCUUGGGAGGUGAAGACUCCGACUGCGAGUACGUGCAAAGAUUCAAGGAUACCAUUGAAGGUCAUCUACGCAUUCAACUCAAUCAUAUGACUUCAAAAACACCGAUAAUUUCCGCUUUGCACGAGCAUUGCGAGGUGGCUCAAGAUCUUGCUGAUCAAUUUGAAUUUAACGAUCUGUUACGAUAUUGCAAAGAUGUUUGGAAACUUUGUGUCGCACUUUGGGGAAAUGUAUCCGAUGUACAACUAUCCUCAGAUCAAACUGAUCAUGAUACUGUUAUGAAACGACGAGAAGCUUUCAGCGAAUGGCUUAUGGAAACUGUCGAUGAAACCGUAAAGAAUGAAAUUGCUGACUUUAAAGGACAUGAUGAAGAAAUGCUGUCAUUGCUUUCUGCUUAUAAAUUGGACGAAGCGUGUGCAUUAGCCAGAAAAGCAGGGGACCAUUGUUUGGCGUUGCUUAUAUCUCAACUUGGGAGUUCAUCACCUGUUAAGUCGUUGAUAGAGCGACAACUCACUUUGUGGCAAGAUGCCGGAAUAGAUGAGGACAUCCUCCUUUCUCGACUGAAAUUAUUCAUGCUGAUAGCAGGCAAACCGGUGCUGGCUAGUAAACAAGGAGUAGUCAACAUCUGCCAAGACUUGGAUUGGAAAAGAGCAGUGGCCUUACACCUAUGGUAUUUAUGUUCUUGCACUGCAUCGAUUACGGACGCUUUGGAUAUGUACGAGACAACGCUUGAUGAUACUUCCAAACACGGAUGCGUACCAAAUCCUUAUCCCGAGUACAAAGGAGAAAAUUACGAGCCCGAAAGUGGGAAGCCCAUUUACGACCUAUGCUUCCAUCUUUUGAAAUUAUACUGCUUCGGUAGCCAUUCCUUGGAGGAAUUGUUGAAUCCAGUCACUCACACCGCUGAUCCUCUUGAUUACAGGCUUAGUUGGUUCCUACGACAGGUUCUCGUUGGAAUUGGUUACAGUCAUAUUUCUUCCCGAGCUGAUGAUUUGAUAAAUUUAAAUUUUGCGGCCCAAUUGGAAGCCUGUGACAUGUGGCAUUGGGCCAUCUUUGUCUUACAUGUACAUGGAUCUGGGAAAUACCACGACUCCGUUCUCGACUUACUACAUCGUCACAUCGAAUUACGAGAAGAUGAAGAAUAUCUGCAUCGAGAGGAAUUUUUGAGGAAAGAACUGGGAGUACCGGUUUCCUGGAUAAACGAGGCCAAAGCCAUGAAAGCAUGUAUCGCCAAAAGGUAUGGAGAAGCUGCUUGGUAUCUAUUAAAAUCUGGAAAGUGGAACGAAGCUCAUAAAAUUAUCAUGACACACUUGGCUGCGGAUGCAAUAAUAAAUGAGAAUUAUGAGUACCUAAAAUCAUUGUUAUCGUCAUUGGCAUUGAUUGAACAUUGCGGAACAGUCAGUGACUGGCCAAAUCAGGGCGAAUUACUUUGGGAUUACAUGGGAAUCAAUAGUGAAAUUGAAUCUCUGAUGAAAAAUUAUGACAACUCUUCGAUUUGCUGCAAAUUGGAGACUCUGCAGCCACGUUUGAUUUAUAUUUGCAGUAAAAUCAGUGAAUUUCCGUGUCCCACUGCGAAGCACAGAUUGUGCCAAGCAGAAAUUGCAAAGAGGACUCUACAUCUUGUUAAAAGUCUGUCAUUGCUUUUAAGUAAGGACGGCAAAUACACAGCAAAAACAUUACUUUGUUUAGUAGCGCAAUUACCAUUACCUGAAGACUACACACAACAGGAACUUCGGCCACUUCUUAAUAUUUGUGUCAGCGAAUACGUUCACUAAUAUCAUAAAGAUCCGAAUUGUGAUUGUACACGACUUCUAGUGCUCGGAGUACACUUAUAUCGUAAAAAACGGCGAGUACACUGUAGUGUCGCAAUUAUAUCUUUAGCACAAUUUUUGUAAUUACGUUUUAAUUCCAUUAACGAGAUCAACUUGUCCGAAUUUCCGUUUCUUUCGUUGUAUAAUCGUUGAGAUAGGCUACAAGAUUUUAUAUUGCAUUCCUAUAAAGGUUUAUAUAUAUCUUUAUCGUCAAAUCAUAGCUGUUAUUUAUACAAAAUUUGAAAAUAAAAAAUUUUGAUGAUA